AUGGAUCUUGAUACUCCCUCAUCGGCCACAGACCAAUGGCUAUCCCAACUAGCCGCCAUGCGCCAGGCCAUUGCCGAUCUGAAACUCCCCAAAGACCUGCCCCGCGAUUCAACGAGCUAUGGAAGUGAUAUCGAGCUGGAUCUUGACGAUGACUAUUCCUCCCGGGAACUCUCCGAUGAAGAAACAACUGACGAUCUCGACGAUUUAAACGACCUGAACGAUGUUUCCCUCUCCUACCCUCCCCACUCGUCCUCGUACAAUCGGUCAUGGCUGGAAGGCAAAUGUCAGGAGUUGGCAGCUCGUAACUCGACCAUGGAUCCUACGGAACUCUCCCAGCAGAUCGUGGCUACUUUAGCCGCAGACAGUGAUGAUGCGGAAUUACAGAUGUCUCUGGCCGAGAUCGUGGGCUUCGACGACCUGGACCUGGUCAUUGAGCUUAUCGCCAACCGUGCAGAGAUCUUGUCGGACAAACCACACCGUGUGGAGUCACAAACAGAUGGACUAGCCAAGGGAAAGCUGCUCACGCGGGCUGAGAGGGAGGAAGCUGUGUGGCAGCGGGAUUACGAUCAUAAGAACGCCCCUCUCAUGGCCGCUCAGACCCGCUCGGAGCCGACAUAUCCGCACGUCUUCAAGUCAAGCGCCUCCGGAAAUACACUCUCUGCAAAUGGCAGGAAAUACGGCCUCCCCGUCGGUAGCAAGCAGCACGAGGAGCCUAAGUACACCGAAUUUGAGAUUCCCGCUAGCAAGGUUGGAUCGUUAGCCAAAAACCAGAAGCUGAUCCAGAUAUCUGAUCUGGAUGGCCUUUGUCGCGGGACCUUCAAAGGUUACAAAACACUUAAUCGUAUGCAAAGUCUGCUCUACGAUGUCGCAUACAAGACCAGCGAGAACAUGCUUAUUUGCGCACCGACUGGUGCCGGUAAAACAGACGCAGCGAUGUUGACUAUCUUGAACGCCAUCGGAAAGAACACCGCCCCUAACCCGCUGGAAGAGCCGGAUGCUACCGAAUACACGGUGCAGGUUGACGACUUCAAGAUUGUCUAUGUGGCUCCUAUGAAAGCCCUCGCGGCAGAAAUCACAGAGAAGCUUGGGAAACGUCUCGCUUGGCUGGGAGUUCAUGUCCGUGAAUUGACUGGUGACAUGCAGCUAACUAAGCGUGAAAUUGUCGAUACUCAGAUCAUCGUGACCACCCCUGAGAAAUGGGAUGUGGUAACCCGGAAAAGCACAGGUGACACUGAGCUGGUUCAAAAGGUGCGGCUGCUCAUUAUCGAUGAGGUCCACAUGCUGCACGACGAGCGUGGUGCUGUCAUCGAAUCCUUGGUUGCGAGAACACAGCGUCAAGUGGAAAGCACCCAGUCCCUGAUUCGCAUUGUGGGUCUGUCCGCUACCCUGCCCAACUACGUCGAUGUCGCCGAUUUCUUAAAAGUCAACAAGAUGGCCGGACUCUUCUUUUUCGAUGCAUCAUUUCGACCUGUCCCUCUUGAGCAGCAUUUCAUCGGUGUCAAGGGAAAGCCAGGCAGCAAGCAAUCUAGAGAGAAUAUUGAUGCUGUCUCUUAUGAAAAGGUUCGAGACAUGCUCGAACGUGGUCAUCAAGUAAUGGUAUUCGUGCACUCUCGCAAGGAUACUGUGAUGACUGCUCGCAUGCUGAAGCAGCUCGCGGCUGAAGAAGGCUGCGAAGACCUGUUCAGUUGCCAUGACCACGAGAAUUAUUCCAACGCAUUGCGAGACAUGAAGCACGCCCGUGCACGCGAGCUGCGCGACCUUUUCGCUGGCGGAUUUGGAGCCCACCAUGCUGGUAUGAGUCGAAGUGAUCGCAAUCUGAUGGAGCGCAUGUUCUCGGAGGGCUUGAUCAAGGUUCUCUGCUGUACUGCGACCCUUGCAUGGGGUGUUAACCUUCCGGCGGCUGCGGUCGUGAUCAAAGGAACCCAACUUUACAACGCCCAGGAGGGAAAAUUCGUCGACCUGAGCAUUCUUGACGUGCUGCAGAUUUUUGGUCGUGCGGGUCGUCCUCAGUUCCAGGAUACCGGUAUUGGCUUCAUCUGCACUACCCACGAUAAGCUCACCCAUUAUCUUUCGGCAGUUACAGCCCAGCAACCCAUUGAGUCUCGUUUCUCAAGUCGACUAGUUGAUAACUUAAAUGCCGAAAUCUCACUUGGAACUGUCACCUCCGUCCCCGAAGCCGUGCAGUGGCUCGGAUAUUCCUACCUCUUUGUCCGCAUGAAGCGUGAACCUCGCAACUACGGCAUCGAGUUCGCAGAGCUUCGUGAUGAUCCCAUGCUCGUUCAGCGACGACGACAGUUAAUUAUCCAAGCUGCGCAAACGUUGCAGAAGUGUCAAAUGAUCAUCUUCAACGAGAAGACCGAGGACCUGAAAGCGAAGGAUGUCGGUCGCAUCGCCAGCCAGUACUAUGUUCUGCAGAGCAGUGUGGAAAUCUUCAACACAAUGAUGCGUGCUCGCGCUGGCGAGGCAGAUGUUCUCAAGAUGAUCAGUAUGAGUGGUGAAUUCGACAAUAUCCAGUCCCGCGACUCCGAAUCAAAAGAGCUGCAACGGCUUCGCGAUGAUGUGGCCCAGACCGAAGUCGAAGGCGGCAAUGAUUCUCCCCAUGCAAAGACAAAUCUGCUCCUCCAAGCUCACAUUUCUCGCGCCAAGCUGGAAGACUUUGCUCUGGUAUCGGAUAUGGGAUAUGUCUCUCAAAACUCUGCCCGUUCUCCUUUCCUGUGCAAGUCGAUCGAGAAGCAAAUCUGGCCCUUCGAUCACCCAUUCCGCCAAUUCGACCUUCCACAGCCUAUCCUCCGUAACCUGGAGGAUCGCCUCCCAUCAUCAUCGAUAGAGUCGAUGAAGGAGAUGGAUACCGCCGAGAUUGGUCAGCUUGUACACAACCAAAAAAUGGGAAAAACCAUCGGAAAGCUUCUGGAUAACUUCCCCACGCUCAGUGUGGAAACUGAGAUCGCCCCGCUGAACCGAGAUGUGCUUCGCAUCCGCCUUUCCAUCUAUCCCGAAUUUUCAUGGAAUGAUCGCCACCAUGGAACUUCCGAGUCGUUCUGGGUUUGGGUUGAAAACUCGGAGACUUCCGAGAUCUACCACCAUGAGUACUUCAUCCUGAGCCGCAAGAAGCUUUACGAUGAUCACGAAUUGAACUUCACUAUUCCACUAUCCGAUCCGCUGCCCAGUCAGAUCUACGUUCGCCUUAUUUCCGAUCGCUGGCUCGGUGCAGAAACCGUCAGCCCGGUCUCGUUCCAGCAUCUCAUCCGCCCGGAUACGGAGAGUGUAUACACCGAUUUGUUGAAUCUUCAGCCUCUGCCGGUGUCUGCUCUUCGCAAUCCCAUACUCGAGGAGCUGUACGCUCAACGGUUCCACUUCUUCAAUCCUAUGCAGACGCAGAUCUUCCACCUGCUCUACCACACCCCUGCCAAUGUUCUUCUGGGAUCACCAACUGGUAGUGGAAAGACUGUGGCAGCCGAACUGGCAAUGUGGUGGGCAUUCCGCGAGAAGCCAGGGUCGAAGGUCGUUUAUAUCGCACCUAUGAAAGCGCUUGUUCGUGAGCGUGUACAAGACUGGCGCAAACGUCUCACUGGUCCGAUGGGGCUGAAGCUGGUUGAGUUGACUGGUGAUAACACCCCCGACACCCGCACUAUCCGCGAUGCAGACAUCAUUAUUACCACCCCUGAGAAAUGGGACGGUAUCUCCCGUAGCUGGCAGACUCGUGAUUAUGUCCGGAAGGUCAGUCUCGUUAUCAUUGACGAGAUCCAUCUGUUAGGUGGUGAUCGUGGCCCUAUUCUGGAAAUCAUUGUGUCCCGUAUGAACUACAUCGCGUCGCAGUCCAAGGGCUCCGUCCGUCUCAUGGGUAUGUCUACGGCUUGCGCUAACGCCAGUGAUCUCGCAAACUGGCUCGGCGUUAAGGAGGGUCUCUACAAUUUCCGCCACUCUGUCCGUCCAGUUCCCCUUGAGAUUUUCAUCGACGGCUUUCCCGAGCAGCGUGGCUUCUGCCCACUCAUGCAGUCCAUGAAUCGCCCUACAUUCCUUGCGAUCAAGAACCACUCCCCCGAGAAGCCCGUUAUUGUCUUUGUUGCAUCCCGUCGGCAGACUCGUCUCACUGCGAAGGACUUGAUCAAUUACUGCGGUAUGGAGGAUAACCCUCGUCGCUUUGUGCGGAUGUCCGAAGAUGACCUAGAGCUGAACCUUGCACGCGUCAAGGAUGAUGCUCUAAGGGAAGCACUCAGUUUUGGUAUCGGCCUGCAUCAUGCCGGUCUAGUCGAGUCUGAUCGACAGCUGGCCGAAGAAUUGUUCGCCAAUAACAAGAUUCAAAUUCUGGUGGCUACCAGUACUCUUGCGUGGGGCGUCAACUUGCCCGCGCAUCUUGUUGUCGUCAAGGGAACCCAAUUCUUUGAUGCUAAGAUCGAAGGAUACCGUGACAUGGACCUGACCGAUGUCCUGCAGAUGCUUGGUCGUGCUGGUCGCCCUCAAUUCGAUAAUUCCGGCAUUGCACGCAUCUUCACCCAAGACUCUAAGAAGGCGUUCUACAAACAUUUCCUACACACUGGCUUCCCCGUCGAGUCGACUCUACACAAGGUGUUGGAUAACCACUUGGGCGCCGAGGUAUCUGCUGGCACGAUCGGAACUAAGCAGGAUGCUCUCGAUUACCUGACUUGGACAUUCUUCUUCCGCCGACUGCACAAGAAUCCCUCCUAUUAUGGUCUUGAGAUUUCUGCCGAGGAACAAAAUACCAUGGCCGCUCAGGCUGUUGCGCAAGACUUUAUGAUUGAACUCGUCGACAAGUCCCUCAAUGACCUCGCCGAAUCUUCUUGUGUUCUGGUCGACUCUGCGACCGGCGAAGUCAAUUCCACGCCAUUCGGCAAGAUCAUGAGUUACUACUACCUCUCGCAUAAGACUGUCCGUUACUUGAUGUCCCACGCCAAGCGCGAUCCGACCUUCCAGGACGUCCUCAGCUGGAUGUGCUCUGCCACGGAAUUCGACGAACUCCCUGUCCGACACAAUGAGGAUCUUAUCAACGCUGAGCUAGCCCAGAAUCUCCCCUUGUCCAUCGAAGCGAUGGGUGAUGUGCCAAUGUGGGACCCGCAUGUCAAAGCCUUCCUGCUACUUCAGGCAUACAUGUCGCGAAUCGACUUGCCCAUCUCGGAUUAUGUGGGAGAUCAGACCUCCGUCUUGGACCAGGGUAUUCGUAUUAUUCAAGCAUCUAUUGAUGUCAUGGCCGAGCUCGGAUACAUUCCAGCCUGCCACAUGCUGAUCACCCUGCUUCAAUGCAUCAAGUCUGCCCGCUGGCCCGAGGAUCACCCUCUAUCCAUUCUACCAGGUAUCACUGUCGAGAAACCACCCAAAGGCCUUCCAUCUUCCUUGGUCGCACUAUCUUCGCAGCCUUCGUCCUCGGUCUUUGGCAUGGUGAAGAGACUUGACCUCCCGGCACAAUUCCCCAAAGCUACCUCGCAUCUGCCCCAUAUUUCCAUUUCCGUGGCUGGCAUUUCUUCCAAGGGCAUGAGUGUCAAUCUGACCCGUCACAACGCCCCUACGCACUCCGAGUUCCGUAUCUACGCCCCUCGCUUCCCGAAGCCUCAAACCGAGGGUUUCUUCUUGAUUGUGUGCAAUGCCCGUCCCGAUGGAACCGAUGGCGAGCUUCUUGGUCUGAAGCGAGUCUCGUGGCCAUCCAAGCAAUAUCACGGCAAGGGCCGCCCAGGUGCAGGCCCCAGCCGAGGUGCUCAAGGGUCGAGCAAGGAUAAGAGCAAUGGGUCAAUCAGCGUGCGCUCGCUGGUCAAAUUCCCCGGUGCUGCCCUCGCUGAAUCCUCCUCCGUUACAACGGCAGGUAUGGCUCGCGUGAAUGUGAAGCUGUUCAGUGAUUCCUACAUCGGCAUGCAGUGGUCAUUGUCGAAUGUGGAAGUUGAUGUGGGAACUGGUACGACACAGGCAGUUGAAGCACCAAGUGCUCCUAGCAAAGCAUAA